AUGGCCGCGAGCUCGACCAGCGGACAGCCCGUCUCAGUACUCUUCGUCUGUCUCGGCAACAUUUGUCGCAGCCCAAUGGCAGAAGGUGUCUUCCGAAACCUCACCCAAUUCGGCACCCCCAAGCAGCAUCCUCUCAUCAAGGAAGUAGAUUCCUGCGGUACAGGCGCAUACCAUGCAGGAGAUCGCCCAGAUCCACGCACACUGUCCGUGCUCGCGGACAAUGGUUUGACAGACUACAAACAUGAGGCGCGAAGGGUAAAGGUUCCGGAAGACUUCGAACGUUUCGACUAUCUCCUCGCAAUGGACGAAGACAACUAUAUUGAUCUGCGAGAUAUGGUGAGAAGGGCACAGAAGAAGGGACAGCUAGGAGACGAUGCUUUGCAAAAGGUGCAUAUGUAUGGAGAAUUUGGCGGAAAGAAUAAGAAGGAGACGAUCGUGGAUCCUUGGUAUGACGGAGGACGCAAAGGCUUCGAAGUCGCGUAUGAGCAAGUAUCACGGAUGGGCAAGGGGCUUCUGAAGCAGAUCGAGGACGAGGCAAAGAGCGAGUUGUGA